GCGCGGUGUGCGUCCCCGGGAGCAGCAGCUGCUGCCACCGCCGCCGCUGCCGCCGCCGCUGCCGCCGCCACUGCCGCGACCUCCGCGUUCGGGAGUAGAAUUCGGAAUCCCUGCGCCCAGCUAACAAUGAAGCAGAGUUCCAACGUGCCGGCUUUUCUCAGCAAGCUGUGGACGCUUGUGGAGGAAACCCACACCAACGAGUUCAUCACCUGGAGCCAGAAUGGACAAAGUUUUCUGGUCUUGGAUGAGCAGAGAUUUGCAAAGGAAAUUCUUCCUAAGUACUUCAAACACAACAACAUGGCGAGCUUUGUGAGGCAGCUAAAUAUGUAUGGCUUCCGUAAAGUAGUACAUAUCGAAUCUGGAAUUGUCAAACAGGAAAGAGAUGGCCCUGUUGAAUUUCAACAUCCUUAUUUCAAACAAGGCCAGGAUGACUUGUUGGAGAACAUUAAAAGGAAGGUUUCAUCUUCAAAACCAGAGGAAAAUAAAAUUCGUCAAGAAGAUUUAACAAAAAUUAUUAGUAGUGCUCAGAAGGUUCAAAUAAAACAAGAAACUAUUGAGUCCAGGCUUUCAGAAUUAAAAAGUGAGAAUGAAUCCCUUUGGAAGGAGGUGUCAGAGUUAAGAGCAAAGCAUGCACAGCAGCAACAAGUUAUUCGAAAGAUUGUCCAGUUUAUUGUUACAUUGGUUCAGAAUAAUCAGCUUGUGAGUUUAAAACGUAAAAGGCCCCUACUUCUAAACACAAAUGGAGCUCCAAAGAAGAAUCUAUUUCAGCACAUAGUCAAAGAACCAUCUGAUAAUCACCAUCAUAAAGUUCCACACAGCAGGACUGAAGGUUUAAAGUCAAGAGAACGGAUUUCAGAUGACAUAAUUAUUUAUGAUGUUACUGAUGAUAAUGUGGAUGAAGAAAAUGUUCCAGUUAUUCCAGAAACAAAUGAGGAUGUUAUAGUUGAUCCCUCCAACCAGUAUCCUGACAUUGUCAUUGUUGAAGAUGACAACGAGGAUGAGUAUGCUCCUGUCAUUCAGAGUGCAGAGCAGAGCGAAGCAGCCAGAGGAUCCUUACGUGUAGGGAAUGCUGGCUGCAGCAGCCCUCUCAUGUCGAGUGCUAUCCAGCUAAACGGCUCCUCUAAUCUCACCUCAGAAGACCCUGUGACCAUGAUGGAUUCCAUUUUGAAUGACAAUAUUAACCUGUUAGGAAAGGUUGAGCUGUUGGAUUACCUUGACAGUAUUGAUUGCAGUUUAGAGGACUUCCAAGCUAUGCUCUCAGGAAGACAGUUUAGCAUAGACCCAGAUCUCCUGGUUGAUCUUUUCACUAGUUCUGUGCAGAUGAAUCCCACAGAUUACAUCAAUAAUACAAAAUCAGAGAAUAAGGGAUUAGAAGCAACCAAGAACAGUGUUGUUCAACAAGUUUCAGAAGAGGGAAGAAAAUCUAAAUCCAAACCAGAUAAACAGCUUAUCCAGUAUACUGCCUUUCCACUGCUUGCAUUCCUUGAUGGGAACUCUGCAUCUGCUAUUGAGCAGGGGAGCACAGCUGCAUCCUCAGAAGUUGUGCCCUCUGUAGACAAACCCGAGGAAGCUGACGAGCUCCUGGAGAGCAGCCUGGAUCCAGAACCCACCCAGAGUAAGCUUGUCCGCCUGGAGCCCUUGACUGAAGCUGAAGCCAGUGAAGCCACCCUGUUCUAUUUAUGUGAACUUGCUCCUGCUCCUCUGGAUACUGAAAUGCCACUUUUAGAUAGUUAAACUCCCAAGUGGACACUGUAUAUAUUCAUCAAAAUGAUGAAGUAUUUAUUUUAAAGUAUCAUUUGGUACUUUGUUUUGUAAAUUACUUUUUGUUUAAUCAGAUACUGUGGAAUAAAAGCACCUUUUGCUUUUCUCGCUCCCCAUACUCUCACAAAGCUUUCAGAUGUACUCGCUGCCUGGCAUACACACUGUAGUGCACAUGAUUGGCGUAUCUUACGGUGAAUUCAAAUGGCCAUUUUCCCCAGUUGUAAUUGGAUUUUUUUUUUUUUUUUACAAAUAUGACCAACUAAGCUUGUUUAUUUUCAAUUGAGUUAAAGCGUCUAGAACUAAAGUAGAAAACUCUGGCCCAGUUACUUUUUAUUAAGUAUUUUUCUCUUGGCUUAUUUCUAAAACUGGGAACAUGAAGUGCCUGUAUCUUGUAAUAUUUCAUGUCUUUGUUGGUUCAGAGAAAUUUAUUCAUGUUAACAGAAAAGGCAAAGUGUACACGAGUAAUCAUUCACUCUGACGUGGUACUAGCUCCGUAUACAUAGAGAGAAUGUGGAGACCGGGUGUGGUUAACUCCACCCAUUUAGACUAGUUUAAGUACAUUUUCUGGUUUGUGUUCUUUUGAACCAUGGUAUUUAGUAAAAUAAAUAUGAUGAAUGUCAAGUACUAUUAUUUGUUGAGUCGUCUUUGGAAGUGAUGCCCACAUGAAGUGAUUUUUUCCUUCUCAUAGGAAGAAGGUGGCUUUAAAUUGUCUGUUGUCCAUUAUCACACUGUGAGUCACAUCAGAGUCUUUGUGCUUUACUUGGGGGGAAAAAGACUGUGUAUUGUAGUAUGGGAGUAAUAUGCUUCUGACCUUAAUGUGUUUUAAUGUUCUUUGUUUAAAAAGUAUACUGGCUUGCUUUCUAUGUUUCUAAUAAAGAACCAAGAGAAAAAUCA